CCCAUGGUCGCUCAAUGGGAAAGAGCCACGUGCCUCUGCGCCCACCAGCUCAAGAGCAUUUGUUCUCGCUGAUGGUUGCUGUAAAGGAUUUGCCUCCAUAGACAGAAAAGCGGAGCGGAUAACUUUUUGGAAUUCGGCCUAGGGGGUCCUCUUCGACCUUUUGCUCACUCCGGGCUUCCACUCUCUCUCUUUCUCUCUCAGUCUUUCCCUGCGGAAAGGUUGACACUUAAGAGGGGUUAUUUUUCCUGAAGAACUCAGUGCGUAGAGCCUCGCCACCGUCGCAGUGUCACUCAGGAUGCACAGCUUUAUGGGAGGGGGCCUGUUUUGCGCCAUAGUGGGGAACAUCCUGCUGGUGGUCUCAACUGCGACAGACUACUGGAUGCAGUACCGCUUGUCGGGGAGCUUCGCCCACCAGGGCCUGUGGAGGUACUGCAUGUCGGGCAAGUGCUACAUGCAGACGGACAGCAUCGCCUACUGGAAUGCCACCCGUGCCUUCAUGAUCCUGUCAGCCAUGUCGUGCUUCGCGGGCAUCAUCGCAGGCAUUCUCUCCUUUGCCCAUUUCUCCGCCUUCGAGAGGUUCAACCGCUCCUUCGCUGCAGGGAUCAUGUUCUUCGUCUCCACUCUCUUUGUUCUGCUUGCAAUGGCCAUCUACACUGGAGUGACGGUGAACUUCCUGGGGAAGCGCUUCGGUGACUGGCGCUUCUCUUGGUCCUACAUACUGGGCUGGGUGGCACUGCUCAUGACCUUCUUUGCAGGAAUAUUUUACAUGUGUGCCUACAGAAUGCAUGAAUGCAGGAGAGUGGUGGGCCCACGCUAAAAGAGAGAGGAAAGCCAGUGAAAAGAUUGCAAAUCCGGGACAUUUUGGCCACACAAUUCCAACACGAUGAAAGAAUCAAGCUUACACCAAUAGACAUAUCACUGAAAUAUAGAAACAGUACUAGGUAAUUGAGAACCAAAGAUUAAUACAAAUGUUUGGUCAUGCCUGAGCAGUUUACGUGUCAUUUUAAUAAAGCUAUAACUCUAACAGUAAAA